CCUCAAUAGCCCACCAGGCCCGCGUCAUUCCAGGCAUUCCGUUCCAAGGUCGAACUCCUCUCGCCCACACCUCCGCUGCCCUCGAAGUUUGUUCUUACCCGGCCCUGCUUCGCCCUCUUCCUGCCUGCAUUUCCCCUCUUAAGAACUGGACUGCCUCCUCCUACGUACAGCUUACUCUCGCAUCGAUUUUGACGCGAUAGGCCUGGUAAACAACACACCUUUAUGAACCUCAGCAUUUGUCAACUUUCACGCAAUGUCUCGAUUCAUUCGAUAGUCGCGAUUCGACUCUCGACCUCUAUCCCCUUCGACGGUUCAGCAUUCAUACCAUCCGCCCCCUCGGUCCUCCGACGAGCACUGCAGCUGCGGCCUCGAUCCUCCGCGCCCCUCCCGCACAGACACGCUCAUACCUCCAUCCACCUCCCUAGCCGUGAGAAUUGAACCUCUUGACGCCCUUGCUCGCCGCUCGAGACUGUUCUCAAAAGUGCCCAGUUGCCCGUUUCCUCAGGGUUGGCGGCUCUGGACCAAUCUCAGCCGCACCCUUUGGACAACCUCAAAAAUCGGUUAAUGGAACCUGUGCAACUCACUUUCACGCGACUUUCUCUCUACACUCGGUCUGUCCUGUAUCUGUGAAUACUCUGCAUCACUUUUCGCCAUGGCGUCGACGCGUCAGCACCCGUUCGUGCAGAUUUAUCAAGACCCAAUGCCUGUUCCGACGAACAAUAUCUCACACAUGAACCGACCUCGACCGCGUUUGCAACCUUCGGCUAUGCCUCUGCAGCCACUCAGAAACCCCCCUGCUCCUCACCCACGCCCGGAGGUUAUCCUCAAUGCUCCAAUGGUACCCGGCCAACAGAUAUCCCCUCUCAAGAGCACACCGUUAUCUCCUCCAGCGCCUUACUUUGGAGACCUGAACUACGUUCCCAUCCCUCCGCCUAUGACGGCAACUCAUAUCUACACUGACUCGCCGGCCAAGCGACAUGCUGUUCCUUCCAGUCAGCAAUAUCGUCCCGUCCAAAUGGCGCAGCCAAUGUUUACCACCUUCGACAUAAAACUCGACUCAUAUGACCAAGAGAAUUUCGGGGCCACAACUACGCAAGAUAACUUCGUCGACUUUCCAGAACCCUCGUACGUACGAAAGCAACCUCUUAAGCGAUCAUAUUCAGAAGCGCAGAUGACGAAUGACCGUCCUUUCAAGAAGCCCCGGCAGGACGAUGAUUCCAUCUUCCAUCUACCUGACCCAGAGGACAUGCCUCCAGUCGAGGAUGAUGGCAACAAGCCUUCUUACAGCUAUGCUCAGAUGAUUGGGAUGGCUAUCCUGAGAGCACCAAAUCGCCGACUGACUCUCGCACAAAUCUAUGACUGGAUCUCUACUACGUUCGCCUUUUACCGCGAAGACACCAAGCAAAGCUGGCACAACAGUAUCAGACAUAACUUAUCCUUGCACAAGGCUUUUACCAAACAAGAGAGGCCCAAGGGAGAUGCUGGAAAGGGAAGCUAUUGGGUCAUUGAGCCGGGAAUGGAGUCACAGUUCAUCAAAGAUAAAAAUCGGAGAGGAACCAACAUCACCCAUAUGACCAUCAAUGCCAACGUGAUGCGUUCCGAGCCUCCGAAGAUUGCUCAACAACUCUCGGAUGCGUUGGCACCCAAUCCUUUCCUUGGUCAGUCCAGUGAACCACCUCCACCUCGACCCCAGACGGCUCCUGCUCUUCCAGAACUCUCAUCAGAUGCUACCCUGCCCGCCUCAGACCCCGCUCUAAACGAGCAUGAGACUGCGGAAUUUGAAGACAGCGGCCUGGCUCCAGCUCCAAAGUCGUCUCCUCCAGAUGCCAUCAACUCCUCACCGCCUGUGGUUGCACCUCAUCAUCAGCGCGCCAUCUCUUCCCCAUCGGCCCGACAGCCACGCCCAUCCGUGUCUCAUCGACAAAACCUAAGCAUUACCAAGAACGAUGACAGCGGCUACUUUUCGUCCAUUGAGUCGUCUGCGCUGCGCCCAAACAAGAAUGCCGUGAUGCUCACCUCGGAGCUGGACAUUGAGCCUAUGAGGAAGAAAAGAGGUCGUGCCGAGGAGGAGAUUGUGCGAAUCAGAAGCUCUUCACACGAUCUCACUCCAAGCCAUGCGAGAUUCCGGCCAUCAACAACGGAAGGCGCGCAGUCGUCGUCGCCCGUUCAUGUCAGCCCAAUGGCCCCUCAGAAUCCAAUGACUCCUGCUGUGGUCUUCAAGAAACCCGCCCGUCCUCCUCCUUCAGUCUCUCCAAACACACAACUUCUCCUGCAUCGCAAAGCAAUGCGCGAUUUCGCAAACUCACCUAUCAAAAGCUCUGGGCUGUUUUUGCUGGAAGAGGCAACAUACAGUCCUCUCAGGUGGACGAGCCUCGCACCAUCGUCUACUUUCCAUGAGGAAUCUUUUGAGAUUUUUUCGGAUCCAAUCCUUGGUCUUACUCCGGGCACGCCGAUGUGCGGCUCGUCACCACUAAAAGGAUCUGCCUCUCGCCCAACAUACGGUCGAGCAUCGACGUCGACCAAUGUCCUUACCGAGGUGUUUGGCAGCGCCCAGAAGCCCAACUCGAAGACCCCAACCCGUGGUUCUCUUCUACAGCCACGCGUGCGGGCUACACAAAACGGCUCGCCAUUGAAGGCCUCCGCUACGCAUGGCGCCGUCUUCGACGCACAAGAUGAUCUUUUUGAUUUCAAAUCAUUCGAGAACGACAACUCGGAUGACAACGACGAAGGUGUCGAUAUCCUUCAAGGCUUUGAGAAAAUUGGAGGGGCACCGGCGCAAGCCAAUGCCACCACAUCGACUGACCAUGCACGUCGACCAUCAUUGGGUCGCAGCUUUACUUCACGCUUCUGAUGUGUUAAUGAACUAGGUUGAUACUCGCUCAUCCACUGUUGGUUGAGUGGAGGAACUCUUCAUGUCCACUGUCUUUUGUUAUCUUGGGUGAUACCACCGUGUCGUUGGAUUCAUGGUGUGGCGUGAGAGCUCAUUGGAGCUUCCCUGCAGAUUGCAUACCGGCCGUUGAGUGCCUGGCUUGAUUGUGAGCGAGCCCAUGCUCUUGGGCCCCGCCUUGGACUACCUGCAGAGACAACUUUGCUAUGAUGUCAAGAGUUUAUGACUUGUUAUUAUGCCCUUCUUUUUAUGACGAUAUGGAAUUGUAUGACAGAGUAAUCGGGACUGAAUCUUGGAGGAGCGGCAAGUUGCUCGAGAACAGCCCCUAGAUAGUUUAGCAGCAAUGCAAUGGGAAUGCUCGUCUCGA